AUGUUAGGAAGACCAACUAGAAUAAGAGGAGGCCGAAAAGCUCCAAAGACAAGAAACGCAGAAAUUAACAAUCUGUUUGAGCUGUUCUCAACUGUAGCAAGAAAAACUACUCAUCCAGAGUACGAGAAGAUUGCAAGAAACAUCAAGAAGCCAAUAACCCAGAGAUCUGUGCUCACUCUCAAGAACUUGGUAAAGUACACCACUCCAUGCCAUGAGAAGCUUGCAGUUGUAGCAACAAAGAUUGUUGCUGAUGAUAGCAUAGUUGAAAUUCCACACCCAAUCAAGGUGGCCUGCUUAAGCAUAUCACACAAAGCAAGAGAAAAGAUAGAAAAGUACGGAGGACAAGUUUACAAGCUUGACGAGAUAUUUAAGGUCGCACCAACCCCAGAGCAGAUGAUCAUUUUCCAGGCUCCAGUAAAGAUCAGAAAGCAGUGCCAGUACUUUGGAUCUGCCAGUGACAGAAAGAACCCAGCAAGACCAAAAGUAAUCUCCAAGGGAUCUGAGAAGAGAAUGAAGAAACACCAAUAA